CCGAGGCUCCCGCGCCGCCUUCUACUCCCUGCUGCCUGCCGGGUCCGUUCGUGUACACACACGUAUGCCGACCCUACCCAGGAUCCAAAGCAAGAUUUAAAAGGAAGUCUUUGCGUCUUCUACCAGCUCCCUAUCAUCAUACAGGCAGGGGAAGAAGCCGUGAGAAAAACUUCUUUCCGCUGUCCUGCGCGUUUCUGCAGCCUCGUUCCAGGCCGAGGCAUCUCCAAGGCAGUGAUGGCUCUCCAAAGGACCCGUUCACUGCUUCUGCUCUUGCUGCUGACCCUGCUGGGGCUGGGGCUGGUGCAGCCCUCCUACGGCCAGGAUCGUAUGUAUCACCGAUUCCUGCGGCAGCAUGUGGACCCUGAGGAGACAGGUGGCAAUGACACCUACUGCAACUUGAUGAUGCAAAGACGAAAGAUGACCAUGCGUCAGUGCAAGCGUUUCAACACCUUCGUCCAUGAAGACAUCUGGAACAUUCGUAGUAUCUGCAGCACCACCAAUAUCCAGUGCAAGAAUGGCAAGAUGAAUUGCCAUGAGGGUGUAGUGAGGGUCACAGACUGCAGGGAGACAGGAAGUUCCAGGUUCCCCAACUGCAGAUACCGGGCAUCAGCGAGCACUAGGCAUGUGGUCAUUGCCUGUGAGGGUGACCCGCAGUUGCCUGUGCACUUCGACAGAUAGACACCAGCCUGUGGGGGUUACUGCCUGAUCCAUUGGCCUUUAACUUACUCCUUGAAUAGCAAUGAGUAAUGCGUUUGGGCUGCCCUAGGCUCUGUCUCCUCUGCUUCUGACUCUUUUUCUCUUUAUAACCUAUUCUGUUAAGUACAUUAUAUCAAAGAGAAUUGGAGACAUAAACUUAUGAUGAGUCCAGGCUUUUCUGUAGUAAAUGUUUUGGCUUUCUUUUAAAAUACUGGUUAGCUUAGCUCUCUCAGAUCCUAUCCUCUGGGAUUUAGUCAUUAUAUGGAUUUAUAUAGCAUUUCAAGCAUUUCAAAGGGCUUACAUCUAAAUCAUCUCAUUUUAAUAGCACAGCAGUGGUAUAAUGCUGCUGAUGUUAUAUGUAGGAACCCAAAGUUCAGGGAUUUGCUGAAGACCGUGAAAUUAGUGGGAAAGCUGAGACAAAAAUCCAGUUGAACUGGCUUCUAAUCCAGGCCAUUUUCCACUUCAUCACAAGGAUAGUUUUGAAAGUAACUGCUUUGGUUAUUCCCAGAAGUCAGCUGUUGGGAGAAGUAUUUGAAAUUUGGAAAUGCAUGCUGGCAAAAUGAGAGCCCUAUCAGGAUAAUCUGGCUCCCUUGUUGUGCUGGGCUCUAACAGCAUCAAGAAAUGAUACAAGAGAUUUACUUUCUCUCUUCCUAGACUUUUGAAUCUCUUUAGUAAGUCAGAAUAUUAAAAAUGUAGGAGCUCACUUAAGACUCACUCACUCUUCCCAACGGAAACAUCUUUCAUGUUUUCCUUAUAAUAAAGGACUUAAACUGCA